AUGGCCACCUCUGAGACGGUCAAUCCUCGACUGCUCAAGUCGAACAUUGACCUGCUGGCGAGGGUGACGAAGAAGCCGAACAUGGUCACCGAGAAGGCGCUCUCCCGGCCGCCCUUCAAGUUUCUACACGAUCUAGUUACUCUGAUUGUGAAAACCACCGGCUACCUGCGUGGCCUGUUCACCGAGGAUGAGUUUAACUUUGAGUACGUCAAGGACAGCAAAGAGUCGAAGCUUGCCUUCCUCGACAAGCUCAUCGAUGCUAUCGGAUUCAUCAACGGCAAAGGGGUGGACGUCAAGUCGGCAAAGAUCGUCGCCGGCUCGGAGGUGGAAAAGACCAACAAGCUGCUGAAUGAGCUCGCCAAGGCGGUCCUCGAUAAGAAGCCAUUCGUUGAGGCCGUUGAGAAGGUUCGAAAAGGACAAAAGCCGCCUGAGGCAGCGGUUACAACUUCAACUUCAACUGCAGCUUCCACUUCAAAGGCAACAGCAGCGGCAGCUCCGGCAAAGAAAACUCCCGCAGCAGCAGCUUCAAAGGCGCCUACUAAGGCGGCACCAGCACCGGCUGCUCGAGGCAAAGCACCUGCACCGAAAGGAUCUCAAACUAAAGCCUCUGGUCCUGCUGGUAAAGCUGCUGCUCCAGCAGCUAAGGCGGUUGCAAGCAAGGCUGAAAAGACAUCGAAAAAGCCCGCAACACCUGAGCCUGAAAUAGAACAACCAGAGGAGCUUGGAUCUAUCGAAGCA